AUGACUGGCACACAAAGCGAAAACCUUCCAUCACUUCCGGCAGAUUUAACACCUGAGUGGUUCAGUACCAAACUUGGCCACAAAAUCAAGUCUGUCGAGAAUACGCGCAAUAUUUGGGGCACAGCCAGCAAACUAUUUUACACUAUCACCUACGAAGAUGGACACAGUGCAGAGAGACCGACGAACGUCUGUGUCAAGGGCGUUUUCGAUCCCAACAUGAUCGAAGCUCAGCCAUGGACAGUCAGUUUGGCGCAGCGUGAGGCAGACUUCUUCUCAAAGGUGGCACCCAGCAUCAACAACAUGAUCUUCCCCAAAGGUUGGUGGAGCGGAACAAGCGAAAAGCAAGGGAUUGCUAUCAUGAACGAUCUUGUCAGCGAAGGGUGCACCUUUCCCGCCGAGGUUGCUGCUUAUUCAGUCGAAAAAGUCAAGAACGGUGUGGAACAACUAGCCGGACUCCACGCACAGUAUUGGGGACAGAGCCAGGAGGAUCAUCCUUGGAUCUGGAACAACUACGAUCCUGCCAUGACCUUUAUGUGCAGAUCAUGGGAUGAAGUUGUCAGACGUCCUGGUCGUCCUCAGUUGCCAGAGUAUCUGAUGGAUGGCACUCGAUGCAACGAGGCUUUGGAUCGCUACUACGCUGAGCGCAACCCUCGCUUCCGAACUCUACUCCACGGAGACACUCACAUCGGCAACAUUUACUUCACUGCAGACGACCGUAUUGGGUUUCUCGAUUGGUCUGCCUUCCACUUUGGAUCCUGCUUUCAUGACGUUGUUUACCAUAUGACGGCUAUGUUGAGCGUAGAAGAUCGCAGAGCUCAUGAGAUGGAGAUCUUGGAUCAUUAUCUUGAGACGCUGCAUCGCCUUGGUGGUCCCAAGUUCGACCGACAUAACGACCCUGAAGUCAUGGCUGAGUACCGACGAUCUUUUAUGACAAACGUUAUCUGGCUCAUUUGCCCCGACGGUCUGCAAAGCAAGGAGCGUGUUGCGACUCUGUGUGAGAGGACGGUUGCGACUUAUGAUGAUCACAAGGUUAUUGACGUGAUUUUGAAUGCACCCAAGCCAUCUUCAUAG